UUUUGUGCUAUCUUUUGAGAUGUAAGAAAAUCUUGAACCAUUUCCUGGCGCCAUUUUGCAUCAUUCCCAGUAGUCUACUCAACCAGCUUAACAUUCGUGUACGCAAUAAUCCAAACAAAUAAUUCCAUUAUCACUUCACUCCAUCAAACACCAUUUCUAUUACUCAAUCUUGAUUUCUAUUCAGAUAAGAUUAUUUUACUCAAUGCAAUCACAGAGUCUUCUUCCUAUUUCUUAACCUCUUUAAAGCCCCAUCAACAAUGAUCCUCACAAGCUCAACUACUUCUCACACAAUGUUAGUCACAUCACACGACAAUAGGCCUUCCCCAAUGGUUCUCGUUCCUUCUUCAUUUGAUGAUGAUUCAAAAAUCGAGACCAUACCCUUUAUUUUUCUUAAUUUGUUGCAGUAUCUUGGGGUAGGCUACCGAUGGAUCACCAUGUUUCUUGCUCUUGGAUGUUAUGCUUCCCUACUUAUACCUGGUUUUAUUCCAGUUGGAUGUCACUAUUUUUCUUCUAGUCAAGUACUUAGAGAUAUUGCUUAUGGUGAUCAACCGAGAAAUAGGCUUGAUCUAUACCUACUGAAAAAUAAGAACGGGCCAAAGCCAGUUGUUGCAUUUAUAACAGGUGGAGCUUGGAUCAUUGGUAACAAAGCUUGGGGUUCUCUUCUAGGUCAACAGUUAACAGAAAGAGACAUUAUAGUGGCAUGCAUUGACUACAGAAAUUUCCCUCAGGGAACUAUCGGCUACAUGGUUAAGGAUGUUUCUCAAGGAAUCUCUUUCGUGUGCAACAACAUAGCUGAAUAUGGAGGUGAUCCUAGAAGGUAUAAUUGGUUUGACCUGGUUGAUCACUUCCAUAGUCGAGGUCUAUACCGUUCAAUUUUUCUAAGCAUAAUAGAAGGGGAUCAAGGUCUAAAACAAUAUUCACCUGAAGUAAUGGUACAAGAUCCAACCAUUAGGAAUGCCGUUUCUCUCCUACCUCCUACUAUCCUUUUUCACGGAACCGCAGAUUAUUCUAUUCCUUGUCACUCCAGCAAAAGUUAUGCUAACACUCUUAGAGCCCUGGGCACCAAAGCUGAAUGUAUCUUAUUAGAAGGAGAAACACAUACAGAUUUGUUUCUUCAGCUAAGUGACUUUUUCUUAUUGAAGCCUCUUUUUGUUCCAUCUCAUGCACUAAAGUAGUAAAAAGACGUAUAGAUUUGGCCGCUUGGUCAAAAUAUUUACAGCCGCUAGCUAAUAUACAUAAAUUAUAACUAAAUAUACACUGCUGCACACAUAUACAUAUACUAUACAUUGCUAUUUUUUUGGAUGACGGCUAUACCGUGUAAAAUCCCUAAAAUUUAAAUGUUUUCUUUCCUUGGUUUGUGGCCAUUGUCAAGUAUUUUUUUUAUAUGGUCCCAUUCUAUUCUACCAUCUUCCUGUGAAAUAUAUAGUUUCAUUGAAUGGAGCAUAAUUACAAGGAGCCAAAAAGUAGCAGAUCAACUAGCUAAAUAUGGUAGGAGGAUAAAGGAGUCCACUAGUAUUUUACAUUUUGUAGUUUUUUUAGAGAUUUUGUAGGCAGACAUACAGUGGUAGAGUCAAGAUUUUAAUCAAGAAGAGUUAAAAUAUAAAGAAAUAUAUAAAUAAGUGUCAAGGGGAUUCAACAUAUAGUGUGUCUAUAUAUAAAAAAAAUUGACCAGUGUAAUUUUUCGACGAAGGGAUAUCAAUUUACUCUCCUUAGACAAGGGUAGCUCUGCCCCCGCGGACAGAACAAGUAGUAAAUACUCAAGAAGCACCAUGCUAUGUACUAAUGUUACUUAUUUAAUAUAUACAAGUAUCACUCUUUUGUACCAAAAUAAAAAGUUUCAUCUGAAUUUUGUGAUAAAGGGAUUUGCCUAUGCUGUUGUAAAUCUUGUUUUAUAGUUGCAGCAGUUAAUCUUAUCUUUGGGAUGGUUACCUUUUUGGACCUCUCUAAAAAAUAAUAGCCUGCAAACGUAUACUAAGUAAAAAUAUACAUACUGUAUAAAAAAUAUACAAAUCAUAUACAUAAUCAGUGUAUAUGUUAUGUAUAUUUUGGCUAGCGCCAUAAUUAAUUUUGGCCAACGGGUCAAAAAUGAAAAAAGACCUUAAUCUUUCUUAUUGCGACUUUUCCUUCUGUAGGAUCCAAUGAGAGGCGGUAUAGAUGAUAUGUUAGAAGAUAUAAUUUCAACAAUUCACGGUGAAGAUUCUGAAACCAUCAAAACAAAUGCACCCCCAAGGAAACACCUUGUGCCUGAAUUCAUCUUGAAGUUGGCUUGUACUGUGUGACGAUAUUUAUGGGUGCAACGAGAUUUUUAGAGGAUAUGAGCAACAUAUCUACUAAGUUACUAGAUUAAUUUUCUAAGUGCUUAGCUUAAUCACUUCUAUCUAAUGCGAGACAAUUCAUCAUCCUCAGGAAACAGCUUUCACAGUCUUGUAAAUACAACGUUUGGUGUAAGAAAACUUCAUGACCUAAACAAGUCUGCCGACCAAUGUGUAUAUAUAGCAGACGCGGAUCUAGGAAUUUGAGAUUCCGGGUGUCACACUAUUUUGGGCUUCGAUUCUGGUUAUUCAGCUUUCUAAUUUAAUAGACUGACCAAUUAUCACACUAUUUUGGCCUUUGACUUGAUUUUUUUUGAGCUUCGGUUCGGGUUAUUCAUCUUAGCUACAAGUAUUUCUAUUGUUACAAUUUUUAACUCGUGGAAAGGCAGAAGCGUCGUCUUUCUCGACGCGUUCCAUAGCCCAGUUCCGUAAACAAGGGAAUGACCCAAUGCAUUAGUUGACUAAAAACGAGUUGGGGAGCGUAGCAACUUCCGUCCGUUUAUAUAGACAAACCGAUUGUCACACUAUUUUGGAUUUCAACUUGAUUUAUUUUUUCUACUGCCGCACUUUGGGUUAUUCAUCUUUUCGAUUUAUAUAGACAUCGAUUAAACGAAAUAAUUUAAUAAUUAUGAUAAUUUUAAACAAAGCAUAAAAAUUCAAUAGUAUUACUAAUAUCAACAAAAAUAUAUUAUUCAUUUAUAAUUGAGAGUUAUGUUUUGAAGCUAUCAGCU